AUGAAGAGCAACCUUGCAAUUGGUCUUGCGCUGAUUGCGCCCAGUUCUCAGGCGUAUGUCUGGCCCAACCAAUACGACCACAUCGAGGACCUGUUAUACAACCAAUUCGGCUACGCCAGAGAUGGUACUUUGGGCGAUCAAGUCAAGUCGUGCGAUUUUGGCGCCGGCCAACCUGGUAUACAGAAGGCAGCGGAGUGGGUACGAACCGCCUUUCACGAUGCUGUGACACACGAUGCCUCUACGAAAAUUGGAGGAUUGGACGCCUCGAUCCAAUACGAGCUUGACCGACCAGAGAAUCUUGGCGCUGCGCUCAACAACACGUUAGCAGAUCUGGCUGGCGCCUACGAUAUCCGCAGUUCGGCAGCAGACCUUCUCGCAUUGUCGCUAGUCAUGUCAGUGGAUCGUUGUGCGAACAUGUACGUACCACUAAGGCUGGGCCGGAAAGACGCGACAGAGGCCGGCAUCAAGGGAGUACCUGAGGCCCAUACAAGCCUCGAAACCACCCGCAAGCGAUUUGCAACUGCUAGUAUUAGUGAAGUCGACAUGAUCACUUUGAUUGCUUGUGGACACAGCAUCGGUGGCGUUCACUCCGUUGACCACCCUGAAAUUGUGUCUGGUCCAGUUAGCGCAGAGAACAAAGCCAGUUUUGACACUACCUCAGGUGCUUUGGACAACCAAGUGGUGGUGGAAUACCUUAACAACUCUACCACAAACCCGCUGGUCCGCAACGCCAACGAUACAUUGAACUCCGAUAAGCGUAUCUUCGCUUCUGACGACAACAAAACCAUGAGAAAGCUCGCGGAUCCAGCCUAUUUCAAGUCGCAGUGUGAAGGUGCCUUUGCACGCAUGCUAGAUCUCGUCCCGGGAGACGUCACGCUCACCGAGCCCCUGCAGCCAACAGAAAUCAAGCCAUACCCCACCAAAUACGAAAUCAACAAAGACGGCGGUGUUGACUUCAGCGUUCGCAUCCGUGUCCGUAUCACACCAGUUACCGGCCGUGAUCCCGCAUCUCUCACCGCAUCUAUUAUUCCCAUUACGCGCAAUGGCACUCUAGGGGAGGAGAUUAAGGGUACGAUGGCCUCAUUUGGCGGUGGAACAUCGUUCGGAUACCGUAACGAGAACUUUCAAUGGUUCGAAGUCUUCCAAUCACUCAACGCCAGCGACGUUUUUGACUCGUUCAAAAUCCGCGUCAACGGCGAAAUCUACGACAACGGCGGAACAGGUGGCUAUCCUGUCAAUGGCGAUGUGCUUUUACAAACGGCACAGACGUGCGCCACAUUCAAUUCAAACAGAACCGUCGACAUGACGUUUGUUGCUGCUAUUUCAAAGAAGCUGUUGGCCGGCGGAGCUACCCCACAAAUUCGCGUGGUCAAGAAGACGGCAGUCCAAGGACUGGUUAUUCCUAAGCUGAACCCAGUCGUGAUCCCUAUGCAGCGUACCUCUCGAGAGACAGCUGGAUACGUGUACUACACUGCUACAACGAAUCUCAAUGGGGCGAGCGUAACUACUACCUUUGAUAUUUUGGUUGGCGAUUCAAAGGUUGAGUACAUAAAAACUAGUACUGAAAACACCUGCAGCACUUGA